GCAACACCAAAGAAGGACUUGAAAGUACGGUGGCCCAGAAAGCAGAAAGUCAAAUGGUGUUGAUCGGUGCUGGUCAUGAUGGUCGUCCAUGCUGCUCUGCUGUUCCUCGGACUGCUGGUGUCCUGCGGUUCGGACUUCGCUCCUCCCACAAUUAGCAUAAAUUUGGACGAUCCUGCAAGACUGAGAUGGGAGCCAAUUUUGACUGUUUUUGACACAGAAUAUCUGAAGAGAGCAGCUGCAGAGGUCAUAGACUCAUCAAUUCCGAAAUGGCUUCACUAUGUUCUCAAACCUUUUGUAAAGAGCGCCGAAAUGUUCUUUCUUCCUGAGCCGUACGGCGAGGAGCUGCGUGGGUUGGCAACCCACUUUGACGGAAGCCUCUCUGACAUCAUCAUGCUCAACUUCGCCUACGAAGUAUCCGCAUAUUGCACAAGUAUUGUUGCUCAGGACGCAGACGGGAAUCUGUUCCAUGGCAGGAAUCUGGACUACCCACACGCUCCAAUUCUGAGGAAUCUAACUAUCAAUGUAAACUUUCUGAAGGACGGAAAGGUGGCAUACAGUGGAACUUCCUUUGCUGGCUAUGUGGGUCUGUGGACUGGCCAAAGUCCGUACAAGUUCACUGUCUCUGGAGACCAGCGAGGCAAGGAACACUGGUGGAACUUCUGGAAGAAUGUGGUGUCAGCUUUCCUGUUAGGGAGAAGCCCUGUCAGCUGGCUGAUGAGGGAGACUCUGGAAGAGGCGGAAAACUUUCAAGACGCUGUCGUGCGUCUUGCGAAAACCCCCAUCAUCACAGGGGUCUAUUACAUUGUGGGCGGGGCACGGGCAGGGGAAGGCGUCGUCAUCACCAGAGAUCGAGGCGGCCCUGCAGAUAUCUGGCCUUUGGAUCCAGUGAACGGCCAAUGGUUCAGAGUGGAGACCAACUUUGAUCACUGGCUUCCCCCCCCUGCCAAGGAUCAUCGUAGAGAAGCAGCUAACAAAGCAAUGAACGCUACGGGUCAAGCUUUUAUCAACAUGCAUACGCUUUAUCAGGUUUUGUCGCUGGAUCCAGUGUGUAAUCAGAUAACAGUUUUUACGACAACAAUGAGUGCAGCAACACCUGAGAAGUAUACCACCUUUGUCAGGCCGCAGGGCUGUCAUGAGACUAUCUGGCCGGAAGUGCCUCAAGUGAUCAACAAAUAUUGGAGCUCAUUCUAAAAUUUGAAGUAUGCAUCCUAUGUGGACACGUGUCCUAUAUACAUAAGUAUGUAUAUGGCAAUUUGAAUAACAUUUACUCUAACAUCAAUGUGUAUGUACUCUCUCGUACAUAUAGCAAUCUUCAAAUGUGCCUUUUUAUUCAAUAUGAUAAACUUGUGUCAACAGCUAAGAUAAUUUCCUUCAUCUUGGUUAAACAAGUUUAAAUGGUUGACACGGAAAUACACCUGCAAGCAACAAAAACUUCCAAACUUCCGUGCCUUUGUGCUCUUACUUGAAAAAAAUUAUUAAACAGGGCUGUACUUUGUAAUUAUCAUGUGAUAUUAU